AUGGCUAACACAAAUAAGAGGCCCUUAUCUCCAACAAUCGCUCAAUCUCUCCCAUAUUCCACCAAACAGCCUCCGAGAAAACAGCGCUCGAGGAAGCCACCGAUCUUGGAACAUAGUAAUAAUAAUCACACUCCCGGUCGCAGAACCGGUACUCCCCAGGCAAAUCAUAUAUCAGCAUCUGCACCUCCGACUGCCACGCUUCCCGAAAGCCAUCAGCCGUUUGCUGUUUCCGUUAUUACGUCCUUAAUGUCUGGAUUCACAGCGAAAUCAACAUUUAGAGAUGGACCCUGGCGAGACUCGACCGGGGGAACAAGGACAAUCACGGGUAUCGCGCCGGUGGCAGUGGGCCCCAACAGGACACAGAACACAAACCUGAUGACAAUGUCGACGGUACCUCCCGCCAUGUCGAGGAGUUUUGGUAGCUUCGAUGGCCUAGCUCCACCAUCUCUGUCGUCGUCGUCGUUGUUAUCAUCGCCAUCGUCAAGGCAGAUCGAAGACCAUCCGCCAAUCGCUCCCCCGUUGCUAUCGCGCGAAAGCAUGUCAACGGCUUCGGAAUCAACCGACUCUUCUCCCACAACCACCAGUUCGACUUUUGACUCUCCCAUCAUCGUCGAGACCUCUCCAGAUUCUUCUCCAGAGUCACCAAGCUCCAUCAUGCCCUUACCAUCGCUCAAAUCGAGCCACCAGGACCAAGGAUCCGUGAAUCAGUCAUUCCUACGACCGAUGUCUCCGAAUGCGAAUCCCGGUCCAACGGAGUCCUCCAACCGGCGGGCCAAGAAUCUGAAGAACCUGUCGCUUCGAUUGCCAGCCUCGCCUUUCCGUCCUCCACUCUCCACCGCCCCGAUCGCCGAAUCUGGUCGCCAUCUCUCAGAACCAUCAUCACCAGUACGGCCCCAUUCCAGGGGAUCCAAGCGCCGUCCACCUAAUCUGACGAUUCAGACUCCUGGUUUCCAGCGCCCGUACUCUUCCAACGGAACGCGGGUGGUGCCACCAACACCCAGCGUCAGGCCUACCCUCCGACAUAUUGAAUCUUCACCAUCACUCAAUUCCAUACUGUCGCCUACUCACACAAAUCCUAUGAUGCCUGCUCCCUUUCCUUCGAAACCGUUUUCACUGGGGACGUGGUGCGAUGCCGAUCUGGGUAAAGCCUCAAAUCAGACUAACUUUAAUCCUAAUGAACCCCUAAUUGAGUUUGGAGAAGAGGAUGACUGCCCCAUUUCCCGGGAGUCGAGAAAGGGCAGUGAAAGAGGCUACCCAGAUGGCCCAAUACGUAUCUAUGACUCCGGACUUUGGCUCUAUCUGGAACCUAAUGAGGAGGAGGCCUCAAAAUUCGAUGUCGUCUUCAACGUCGCUAAAGAAGUGAACAAUCCGUUCAGCACGGACGGGCCGAAACAUGACACCGUGAUGUCUGUCUGGAAGGCUACUCUUGCCCAGUCAAACGCAGCUUUGCGAGGGGAGGAUCCCGAUACCGCUUGUUCAGAGCUGUCGUUCAAAUCCGCCCUGGAAUCUCUAUCCGACGAAUGUCCGCCAACCCCCAAAGCCAACCGACCGGAACCAGAGUAUAUCCAUGUCCCGUGGGAUCACAAUUCCGAAAUUCUGGACGACUUGUUUCCUCUCUGCGAAAUCAUCGAUAACAGGAUCUCAAAGGGCAAGCGGGUUUUGAUUCACUGUCAAUUGGGAGUAAGCCGGUCAGCCUCGCUCGUGAUAGCGUACGGGCUCUACAAGAACACCCAUCUGGACUUCAACGCGGUAUACGGCAUGGUAAAAGAGAGAAGUUGUUGGGUCGGACCAAACAUGAGCUUGAUCUACCAGCUUACCGAUUUUCGAACAAAAAUUCGGGGCGGGACCAUCACGAGAUCUCCCGCAGACUACAAUGAAGCCAUGAGAACUGCCCAAAGUUCACACACCCAGACCACAGAUAUCGAAAGAGAAAUUGCCCAUUCGAAAGCGGCAGCUUCCACCCCAAACAACGGAAAGCCUGUGGUGGAUCCUUCGAAACUGUUCACCCAGGUCAACCCGUUCAGCCCGGAUACCUCUUCUAACCGAGUUCGAAGACAUAUAACGCCGCGACCUCUGCCGUUGAGAGAAAAAUUCCACACCAUUCACUCUCUACGCAAUUCACCCUGCCACGAUGGACCUACCGCUACUACCGCCACAACCACAACCACAACAACAACCACAACCACCUUUCAGCGUCCUUCGGUACGGUCCGCUCUGCAAAUGGACCUUGUCAUGCAGGACGUACCACCAAGUCCAUCGUUCUUUUCCCCUAAAGCCAGUGAAUUUAUCGCAGCACCCUUCCCGCGGUCAAAGGCUGGUGAUAUUACCUUUGAGAAAUUCGCCAACCUUCAGUCACCGAAUCUCGUUCGCCGACCUAGCAUGAAUGAUCCCAGGUCACCGCAAAGAAGAGCGGAGCCGAUUAUCAUGAGAAGCAUUGACGAAUUUCUUUGACCUUUUUUUUAAAAAGAAAACAAACUUUAUCUUAUUUUAUUUUCCCUUCUUCGUUUGGAUUCUCAUUUCUUAAUCCAAACUCGGUAGAUUUUAUCCGGUACAAAAGAUGACGUUUUCAGACGGACCAAGAGUUUACCUACCAAACCCUCCCUUUUUUGGGAUAUUUUUGAGGAUUUUAUGAGGGUGCUUCGGGAAGAGCGACCAUACUCUGUGGUUCUUUUUUAUUUUUUUUUUCGAUUAUUGUUUGUUGAUCGGAAAUGGUUCUACGGCCAAAGCGGGCUUUGUUGCUGUUUCUUCUCCCGCCCUCCUAUUACAGCUAGCAGGAGGGGAGCGCGUGUGUCUUGAUGUAGGCACGCCGCUAUUUUGUGUGUACGAUUCUCAUUCAUGCCAUUUCCAACCUUUUUUUUUUUUUUUCCUGCAGUUUUUCGGCUAUGCCCCGUUUUACACCAUCUGCAUUGGGGGCUAGAAUUCCUGCUUUAUUCCACCAUGAGCCUUUGUUUGAUUGGUUUUUCUUUCUGCCCCUGCAAAUUCAUCCCUGGCAUUGGCGUUGGCGUGGGAAAGGGUUCUCUCUCUCUCUUUUUUUUUUUUCUAUGAAAAAAGAAGGAUUACAUGACAUGAGCUCCCGAUGAUGCUCUAUAAAUGUAAUAUUAGUUUUUCUUUUCCCUUUUUUUGUUGGGUUGGGUUCCCCCUUGAUACGGCGGGGUGUCAUCUUUGUGUUUUUAUAUUCUCCUGUGUCUGGCUUGCUUCCCUGCGAAAGGUUCCUCUCAAUGUUUUAUGCAUGGCGGGGAGUUUUUGUGGAAGGGAAAGCAUGGCGAAGAUGAGCGGACGAAUUUAAAACCCCUUCCCCUUUUUUCUCUCUAUUUAUUAUUUUGACUUUUGUUUUCGAUGCGCUUUGGGCGCGGUGGGAGAAGUGCAGGGGGAAAACAAAAAAAAGGGAAAUAUGCAGGCACGGAGAAUCUUUUUAGAGUGAAUGGAAAAUUAAUGAUAAACUUAUGGCUGAUUCCUUUUU